GAGAAGUAGUGUUAAAUGAACCUUGGCACAAUGAAGUCCUUCAUGGGAGUUUUAGUCUCUUGCCUUUCAUUUCUCCUGGUGGAUAUCUCGGACUGCUACGAUGUUAUUUAUCCAUCCAAGUUUUUAGCUCAAAGUUACGCACAAAAGAGAAACCACGCAAAUCCAUCCAGCGCCAGACUUCCACUGAGGACGCUUAAUCCAGCAGCUACGGAUUCUCACUGUAGGAGCCGCCCGCUGGACCUCGUCUUUAUCAUAGACAGCUCUCGCAGUGUGCGUCCAGGUGAGUUUGAGAAGGUUAAGGUCUUCCUUUCAGACAUGGUGGACACUCUGGACAUCGGCACCGAUGCCACUCGGGUGGCCGUGGUGAACUACGCCAGCACUGUCAAGAUCGAGUUCCUGCUCAAAAACCAUCUGAAGAAGGAAAGCAUGAAGCAAGCGAUCAGCAUCAUCGAACCCCUGGCUGCGGGGACCAUGACCGGUUUAGCCAUCAAGAAAGCCAUGGAAGAGGCCUUCACCGAGCAGUCAGGGGCGCGACCGAAAUCGCAGAAGAUCGCGAAAGUGGCCAUCAUCGUAACGGAUGGACGUCCUCAGGAUCAGGUGGAAGAGGUGUCUGCUGCAGCCCGAGCCUCAGGGAUCGAGAUCUACGCCGUGGGGGUGGACCGAGCCGACAUGCGCUCACUCAAGCUCAUGGCCAGCAAUCCACUGGAAGACCAUGUGUUCUACGUGGAGACCUACGGCGUCAUCGAGAAGCUCACCUCCAAGUUCAGGGAGACUCUGUGUGGUACGGAUCCCUGUGCCAUGGGAAAUGACUGCGAGCACAUUUGUGUCAGCAGUGGCUCCUCCUUUUACUGCAAGUGUCAGAAGAACUAUAUUUUGAACGAGGACCAGAGAACAUGCUCCCUCAAACGUGUAUCCCCAUGCAAAAUGGGACACAGUUGUCAACACAUCUGUGUGGAAAGCGGCAUGUCCUAUUACUGCAAGUGUCAUCCUGGUUAUGUGUUAAACGAAGACAAGAGAACAUGUUCUGUCGGCAGGGACGGUGGCCGUGAUGGUCUCACUGAUGAUGCAGACAAUGGACAUAACUAUGCCGACAACGAUGGUGAAAGUAGCGCCAGUAUCGAUGCUUGUGCACUGGGUCAUGACUGUCAGCACACUUGUGUGAGCAGUGGCUCCUCCUAUUACUGCACCUGUCCUGCAGGCUUUGUCUUGAUGCAGGACAAGAAAUCUUGUUUCAAGUUCAGUGUUGGUGAUGAUGACGGUAGAACCAGUCUGGACCAGUGUGAGAUGGGACAUGAUUGUGAGCACAUUUGUGUCAGCAGUGAUGGCUCCUAUCACUGUGAAUGCUGGAGGGGCUUUGUCUUGAAUGAAGACAAGAAAACUUGUUCACGUCUGGACCAGUGUGAGAUGGGACAUGAUUGCGAGCACAUUUGUGUCAGCACUGAUGGCUCCUAUCACUGUGAAUGCUGGAGGGGCUUUGUCUUGAAUGAAGACAAGAAAACUUGUUCACGUAAGACCUUGUAGACCAGGCUAUUCAUCUGAGGGCUUAAGCUCCGUAUGUUCACUCCAACCAGGCACCCUACCUACAUAAAAAUAAUUCAUACCUAUUCAUUCACAGCAUUUAUUUACUUCUACUUGAUUGGAUGCACAUUGUGCCAUUCUAUAACUCUCACCAGUUGUGGUAAGCAAAAUCAAUCAGACUCCAAAGAAAACAUCUAUUACUGAAACAGAGACUCAUAACCUGGUAUGGUGCAUUUCACUGGUAUGUUGGUUGGAGGAACUACUGGUAGACAUUGCAGCCAAAACUGAAUAGUCCUGUUGUAGACUGUAGAAUCAAAUCCAAAGGACAGUCCACUAAGAAGCUCUAAUUUGGUUAUUUAGGUUUGGAACUAUCACACAGAUGAUAAGAGCAUUUUUUAUGACCACUUAAACCCAGGGGUCCUGUACAGAAGGGGAAGUUUGGCGUGACUUUAAAAAACUCUCCAAGAAGGCCACUCAUGGAAGGGAAAGUUGUCCAGGAGAAUGAUAAAUGUAAUGGUGGUAGAGGAAACCCUUGUUAAAAAUUAGCCUACACAAGCUGAAAGCCUACUCUCAGAUUCCUGUAAAUAUACAAGAUCUGGAAUUCUCCAGUCCCUUCCUCAUGACUUGUUGCAGGUCUGGACCAGUGUGAGAUGGGACAUGACUGUGAACACAUUUGUGUCAGAAGUGAUGGCUCCUAUCACUGUGAAUGCCAGAGGGGAUUUGUCUUGAAUGCAGACAAGAAAACUUGUUCACGUAAGACCUUGUUGUAGACCAGGCUAUUCAUCUGAGGGCUCAAGCUCUGCGUGUUCACUCCAACCGGACACCCUACCAAGUUUAUUCCUCCCAAUUCCACCUCUCCAAUAUUUUGUGUGUACCACCACCAUGAAAUAAUUUUGACAAGUGUGAGGUAUCUACUUCUUCUUGAUUAGUUGUACAUGGUGGCAUUCUGAAACUCUAAUCAGUCAUGGUAUGCACAACCUAAACAAACAAAAAUUGUUGAAAUGAACCCUCAUAAACUGGUAGGCUGCAUUUCCCUGGUAAAUUGGUUGGAGAAACUAUUAGUAGACACUGCAGUCUUCAAGAGCCAAAACUGAAUAGUCCUGUUGUAGACUAUAGAAUAAAUUUGAUGGUCAGAUUCCCAAGAUGCUGUAAGUUGCUUAAGAGUUUAAAGUUCAGGAGUGUCACAUAGAAAACCUUUGCAUUUGUGUAUUGGUGGAAUAAAGAUGGGAGGUUGGGUAUGCUUUUUGAAUAGGAAUUUGUUCAGGGGGAUGAAAACUGUCAAGGGUAAACAUUGAGCAAGCAACUGACUUAUAAACUGUAUCUAGUGAAGAUACCACCAUUUGGAAUUCUGCAGUACCUUAUUCAUGACUCGUUGCAGGUCUGGACCAGUGUGAGAUGGGACAUGAUUGCGAGCACAUUUGUGUCAGCAGUGAUGGCUCCUAUCACUGUGAAUGCUGGAGGGGCUUUGUCUUGAAUGAAGACAAGAAAACUUGUUCACGUAAGACCUUGUAAUAGACCAGGCUAUUCAUCCAAGGGCUCAAGCUCCGUAUGUUCACUCCAACCAGGCACCCUACCUACAUAAAAAUAAUUCAUACCUAUUCAUUCAAAGCAUUGAUUUCUACGUGUCCGUAUCUCCUCUAAGUACUUCUACUUGAUUGGAUGUACAUUGUGCCAUUCUAUAACUCUCACCAGUUGUGGUAAGCACAACCAAUUAGACUCCAAAGCAAACAUCUAUUAUUGAAACAGAGCCUCAAAACCUGGUAUGGUGCAUUUCACUGGGCUGUUGGUUGGAGGAACUACUGGUAGACAUUGCAGCCAAAACUGAAUAGUCCUGUUGUAGACUGUAGAAUCAUAUCUAAAGGACAGUCCACUAAGAAGCUCCAAUUUGGUUAUUUAGGAUUGGAAGCAUUGCAUAAAUGACGUGAGCAUUUUUUUAUGAGCAUUUAAACCCAGGGGUCCUGUAAAGAAGGUAAAGUUUGCCGUGACUCUAAAAUCUCCAGGAAGGUCACUCAUGAAAGGGAAAGUUGUUCAGGAGAAUGCUAUUUGUAAUGGGGGUUGGGGAAACCCUUGGUUAAACCAUUAACCUGUAUUAGCUGAAAGCUUAUUCUCAGAAUCCUGUAAAUGUACAAGAUCUGGAAUUCUGCAGUACCUUAUUAAUGACUCGUUGCAGGUCUGGACCAGUGUGAGAUGGGACAUGAUUGUGAACACAUUUGUGUCAGAAGUGAUGGCUCCUAUCACUGUGAAUGCCAGAGGGGAUUUGUCUUGAAUGCAGACAAGAAAACUUGUUCACGUAAGACCUUGUUGUAGACCAGGCUAUUCAUCUGAGGGCUCAAGCUCCGUAUGUUUACUCCAGAUACCCUACCAAGUUAAAGAUGAAGCUCAUUUUCCAAUCCCAGCCAGACAUUGCUUUAAUUCAUGCUUUGGUUGAAAUCAAACCAUUUAACUUGGUAUGGUGCAUUUCACUGGACUGUUGUCUGGAGAAAAUACUGAUAGACGGUGCAGACUUUAAGAGCCAACACUGAAUAGACCUGUUGUAGAUUAUAGACUCAGAUAUUUAAAUCAGUGUCCUAAGAGGCACUUAAUUGAACAGUGAAUAGGUUUAUUGAGUUUAAUUAUUGCACGAUUUAAACCAUGAGUUUUCAUAAAGAGGGGUCAUUAGGCAUAAUUUUAAAGGCCCUGACAUUGCAAGGGAUUGAGGAUCCUGCUUUUGGAAGGAAAAAGUUGUUAAUAAGGGUCAAGGGUAAAGGCCACCCCUGGUUAAACCAUUCAUCUACACAUUUUCAGCUUUGUAAGCUGCUUGUUUAUAUUGGAGGUUUAUCAACUGCAUGUAGUUCACAUUCCAGUAAAGAUACACCAUCAGGAUUUCUCCAGUGUCUUCCUCCUGACUCGUUGCAGGUCUGGACCAGUGUGAGAUGGGACAUGACUGUGAGCACAUUUGUGUCAGCAGUGAUGGCUCCUACCACUGUGAAUGCCGAAAAGAUUUUGUCUUGAAUGAAGACAAGAAAACUUGUUCACGUAAGACCUUGUAGACCAGGCUAUUCAUCUGAGGGCUCAAUCUUUGUGUGUUCACUCCAAUCGAGCACCCUACCUAGUUAAAGAUGCAGAGGAAGUGAAUCUGUACUUACUAUUUUCUUAAAGAGGCAUUUACUUCUUCUUGAUGGGAUGGUUGUACCUCAUGGAAUUCUAAACUUCAACCACCAGAUCUACUUUUUUAAAUUCUAGUCCAUCUAUUCUAGAUAUUUUGUCCAAAAACCGAGACAACUUUGAUAUAAUGCUUAAUAACCAGGUAUAGUGCAUUUCACCGGCGUUUUGGUUGGAGAAUCUACUUUCAGAUAUUGUAGCCCUCAGGUCAAACUGAAUAGUCCUGCUGUAGACUGUAGAAUCAAAUCUAAAAGUCAAGUGGAGAGUUUGUAUGGUUGCAUUGAAAGAGUCAGUUUUGUGGUCAAUGGUUAAUCCAUUGACAUGUUUAGGGCCUAUCAGCAGUGAGUAGAAAGCAACAUCAUCUUAACAUUAAGGCUGAUUUCAUUUGAAAAAGAAUCUGUCUCAGACUGGCUAUUAGUUGAGGCCUCAUCUGUCUUUGAUUUCAUUUGUUUCCAAAAUCAAUUUUAUCAUUGAUUCACCAAAAAACCCCAAACACCAAGUAACACUUAUAAUGUUGCAAAAGCCUAUUUGACAACAUUGCAUUAGCUGAUGCUAAGUGUUACAUUUUUGCUAACAAACUACACAAAACUACUGAAGACACAAGAAUUUUUCUUGCUUCUUGUAAUUAAGGACUUUCAGAAUGUGGGAUCAUAAUUAAUAUGGUUGAUUAUUCAUUAAAAGAUAUUCAUUAAAAAAGCAUAUUAUAGAUGGAAUAUAACUAGUAGCGUUUUAUAGGCUAGAGUGCACAAAAGAGAGCUUUGACUAAAAAACUUUGCAUAAUUCUGAUAUGUAGAGAUGAAGGUGGAGAUUGUUCAGGAUCCAUGUCGCUGUGAGGCCAGACUGGCUUUCCAAAGGCAGACACAAAACUCCAUCCAGGCCCUCAAUG